GAGCCGCUGCACCCGAAUCCCCGCUGCACCGGAGAGGGAAUGAUGUGCACAGGCGGCCUCUGAGGCUGCGCCACUAGAGCAGCAGCUGCAGAGGCGACGGCAGUCCCUGAGUCCCUAGCUUGUCCUUCGGCGCCACCGCCGGGAGGGACCAGCGAGGAGCCGCGGUGACCCAAGUUCCCGCCAUGAGCAGCUGGCUGGCAGGAUUCAGCAGCGCUGGGGACUCCCGUCUGGGCUAGCGCACCGCCCAGCGUCCCGGACGCACCUGACGCUGCCAUCGCCAAUCCUGCUACCUCCACCGCCACCGCUGCGUCUCCGCCGCCACCUCUGUCACCGCCGCUUCGUCUGCAGCAGCAUCUCCAGCAGCAUGUCGCGCAGGAAGAUCUCAUCCGAGUCCUUUAGCUCUCUGGGCUCUGACUAUCUGGAGACUAGCCCCGAGGAGGAAGGGGAGUGCCCCCUGUCCAGGCUCUGCUGGAAUGACAGCAGGAGCCCGCCAGGGCCACCGGGAUCCAGAUCUGCUGCCAAGACUGCCACCCCAGCUCCCGCUGCCUCCUCCGCUGCCGCCGCGGCCGCUGCUGCUGCGGCCGCCGGGUCCAAGAGGGCGCAGCGACGCCGGAGGGUAAACCUGGACUCCCUAGGCGAGAGCAUCAGCCUCCUGACAGCGCCCUCGCCUCAAACUAUACAGCUGACUCUGAAGAGGACAUUGCAGUAUUAUGAACAUCAAGUUAUUGGUUAUAGGGAUGCAGAAAAGAAUUUCCACAAUAUCUCUAACAGAUGCUCCCAUGCAGACCAUUUCAACAAAGAGGAACUUGAAGAUGUCUCGGAAAUUCUCCAGUGUACUGCUAAUGUACUCGGUCUGAAGUUCCAGGAAAUUCAAGAAAGAUUUGGUGAGGAAUUCUUUAAGAUAUGCUUUGAUGAAAAUGAGAGAGUCCUUCGAGCUGUAGGUGGCACAUUGCAGGACUUCUUCAAUGGUUUUGAUGCAUUGUUGGAGCACAUUAGGACUUCUUUUGGGAAAAAGGCCACUCUGGAGUCAUCAUCAUUCCUAUGCAAAGAGCUCCCUGAAGGUGCUCUUAUGCUACACUACUUCCAUCCUCAUCAUACUGUGGGGUUUGCAAUGCUGGGAAUGAUUAAGGCUGCAGGAAAGAGAAUCUAUCACUUGAAUGUAGAAGUGGAACAAAUUGAAAAUGAAAAGUUUUACUCUGAAGGCUCAAACCCAAGCAAUUGUAGUUGUCUUUCUUUCCUUAUCAAAGAAUGUGAAACUAUUCACAUCACAAAGAACAUUCCACAGGGUACUUCUCAAGUUCCUGCAGACCUCAGAAUCAGCAUCAGCACCUUCUGCAGAGCUUUUCCAUUCCACUUGAUGUUUGACCCCAGCAUGGCAGUUCUUCAGCUUGGGGAAGGCCUGCGAAAGCAGCUUCGAUGUGACACUCACAAAGUGCUGAAGUUUCAGGAUUGUUUUGAGAUCGUCUCUCCAAAGGUUAAUGCCACCUUUGAAAGGGUCUUGCUGCGACUCUCUACCCCAUUUGUAAUAAGGACCAAGCCUGAAGCUUCUGGUACUGAGAAUAAAGACAAGGUGAUGGAUAUCAAAGGACAAAUGAUCCAUGUCCCAGAAUCAAAUGCCAUUUUGUUUUUGGGCUCUCCAUGUGUGGACAAGUUGGAUGAACUCAUGGGCCGAGGACUACAUCUCUCAGACAUUCCUAUUCAUGAUGCUACCCGAGAUGUCAUUUUAGUAGGAGAGCAAGCAAAGGCCCAGGAUGGCUUGAAGAAGAGGAUGGAUAAAUUAAAGGCCACCUUAGAAAGAACUCACCAGGCCCUGGAAGAAGAGAAGAAGAAGACAGUGGAUCUGCUGUACUCCAUUUUUCCUGGUGACGUAGCCCAGCAAUUGUGGCAAGGACAGCAAGUGCAGGCCAGAAAGUUUGAUGAUGUCACCAUGCUUUUCUCAGACAUUGUGGGUUUCACAGCCAUAUGUGCUCAGUGUACUCCCAUGCAGGUGAUCAGCAUGCUCAAUGAACUUUACACCAGAUUUGAUCACCAGUGUGGAUUUUUGGAUAUUUACAAGGUGGAAACAAUAGGGGAUGCAUACUGUGUUGCAGCAGGGCUGCAUAGAAAAAGCCUAUGCCAUGCCAAACCCAUUGCUCUGAUGGCCUUAAAGAUGAUGGAACUUUCAGAAGAGGUUCUGACUCCCGAUGGAAGACCCAUUCAGAUGCGGAUAGGCAUUCAUUCAGGCUCUGUGCUAGCUGGUGUAGUUGGGGUGAGAAUGCCACGAUAUUGUCUUUUUGGAAAUAAUGUCACAUUGGCAAGCAAAUUUGAAUCGGGAAGUCAUCCUCGGCGUAUCAACGUCAGCCCAACUACCUAUCAACUAUUAAAGCGAGAAGACAGUUUCAUAUUUAUUCCUCGUUCCCGUGAAGAACUUCCAGACAACUUUCCAAAGGAAAUCCCCGGGGUCUGCUAUUUCCUGGAGGUAAGGACCGGUCCAAAGCCGCCAAAGCCUUCUCUGUCUUCAACAAGAGUAAAAAAGGUUUCCUACAAUAUUGGCACGAUGUUUCUCCGGGAGACAAGCCUCUGAGACCUGCUGUGGAUCAAAGACUCCUCCAAAAAAAGCACAAGCCCAGAACAUGGGUCCCAAUGAGGGGUGGAAGACAUUGCUUCUCUUCCAAUGCUCUGUAAGAACAUGUAGUAGAGUUUCUGUGUCAAUGUCAUGCAAUAAUCCU